UCAACCUCUUUGCAUAUUUGGAAAAUUGUUCGAGAUGAAAAACGUCAUGAAAAAAUAUAAUAUUACGAAAAAUGCUUAAAUAAAAACAAAUGAAGUUCUUUAAACUGUGCUUGAUAAACAGAAAGGAGUGUAGUAUUCAAAUAGUUUGUGUAGCGCUGUCGUGGAUGCAAAACAACUGAAAGGUUUGGCGAAUACCUCUAGUAUUGUCAAAUAGGUACACAAAAAACUUUCCAGCUGGUGCGAUUUGUGAAGUUGGUGCCGCAAUAUUUCUUGCGAUAAAUUAAGUGGAUAAACCACAAAACAUAAGACAUUGAACUCGUUGAUUACCCGAAAAAAUUAUUUUGAUUCGGACUUGAUGCAAAAAAUCACUGUGUACAUAUAAUAAAUCUUCCGUUCCCCUUUCCUAACGUGGCCAAAACUCGAUAAGGUGAGCGUGAUAUGAUUUUGGUUUUGAUGACGCAUUCACGAUAAUAAACUGAGGUGCAGCUCAAGUACUUUGAAACACAUUAACUUUAAAUACAAUAAAGGUGAGAGAAUUUAUAAGACAUGGCAGGCAUUCCCCCAAUACCGCCGCUACUUUGCAACACUCCGCCACCAAUAGAUUUUGGUGAAGAGGAUGACGAUUCCGGUUUGCCACCCACGUUAACUCUCGAAGAUGAAGAUGAUUAUGCUGAUUUUGCGUUGGGUACAGACAUAAAUGAGGAUACAACUAACGCUGAAGUAUCUUCGUUACCCCGCACACCAUUACAGUUUGAACUAAGCUCAUCAACAACCAGCGGUUUUACGGAUAUCCCACCCGCUUUAGAAGAUCUUGGCCCUAUAUCAUUAAAUUCUUCUGAAUUUAACAAUUCUACAGCAAAUCAAGAAGUCAAAACGCAGACACAGCUUAAUGAAGCGUUCAAUUAUAAUGUAACGCAGAAAUUUGCAUUAGACAGCGACUACACUGAAACUACAGGCACUGAAGGAGAACUAAAACCUAUUAAUAAUUCAGAUGCACCGUCUGCGCAGAAAUUUGUUACUGAUUGUAAACAGUUAGAUUCUGAUGCUAACGAAGCGAAAGAAAAAACAACUACAUCCACCACCCAAACCCAACCUUUAAGCGUCGCAGUAAUCUUAUCUGAAAUUACAGCUAAACCAGAUAGUCAAAUCGAAGAUUCUGAUGUAGCAGCAAAAGAUCUGGAAACUGAAGUAAAAAAGGAUUUCAUGCCAACAAAUUCAGAAAGUCCUCCCCCAUUACCUGAGCUGGUGUUACUAGAAGAUUUGGACGAUGACAGUAGCGAUGAGGAGUGUCAUCGUUCCCCAAAAAAGUCGCCUAUAUCACCAACGGCACCUUUGGAGGACCAUGUUGAUAAUGAUUCGGAAGAUUUUUUUGCAAUUCACCUCGUAAACACGCCGCCUUCACCAAAAGAAGAAAAAAUUUCAACGCUUGCAGAUGAUAUAAAUAUGAAUAACUCUUCAAACCACAAUAAUAACAUCACGAAUGAUUUACCAAAAACGGAAAAUGUAAAUUUAAAUGGUAGAGAGGAGCAGGAUGAUGAUUUCGGUGACUUUGCCGAUUUCGAAACGGCAUCCAAUUUCAUAAAUCCCCCAGAUAAUGGCGGAUUAGUUACGACUGAUUUGAUUACGACAUCGGUCGUUGAUAGCAACCAAAAUAUGCGGGAUUUAGUAGAGCCACCCGCAGAUACUGCUAUCAUAGCCGAGGAUGACGACGAUUUUGAUGAUUUUCAAAACUUUUCUUCAGCUCCAGCGCCAACACCGACACCGACUGUUGUACCAAUCAUAUCAGCACCGAAUUCUUUAAGCAUAACAGUGGAACACAAUAACAACAAUGCGCAAUCAGCAGCAUUAAAAACUGGUGGUGUUGAAGAAAACGAAUUUGAAGCAAAUUCGUUCGACAAUGACGAUGAUGAUGACUUUGGCGAUUUCGAAGAGGCUUCAUAUGAAACACCUGCAACUCAAAUCACUGCUACCACACCAGCUGUACAAACACCAACAAAAUUGUCAACGCAAACUACCGCCAACGGCAAUAUAGGUGAUCGCUUAGGUACAGUACUAAAAAUAAUGUUUCCAACCGAAGAGGCAAGUCCAGUUGAUGAUGAUGAGUUGCAACAAGCAGCAAAGGUCAACAAAAUAAACGAUACACUUCCCUUCGAAGCAAUAGAAGCUGCCAAAGCCUUAGAAUUUCAAUGGCCACAAUCCGAAAUGCGACACGCUCUUAUACGUUCGAUUGGCAUUGAUUCGAGAAAUAUUCUCUUCGGUGACAAUUGGAAUCCAUCAAUGCCACGUUUCGCUGCCAAUCUCAGUUUUAAUCCACUAAAACCCAUGAAACCACAAACAACCAUCGCUGUGCCAAACACAACAUAUGCCGAUGCCGAUUCAAUGCAAUAUAGCAUAAAUAAUAGCGGCAGCGCUGCCGAGCCGGACAUGGGCAACUAUGCGAAGAAAAUGGAUGUACCUGAUGUUGAAUUCGAUUGGCAAGGUGCCGGUUUGGUGAAUCCACUUGACGCAUCACAUGUUCACACUUUACUAUUGGAUCUAGACCAAGUUAUGGUGAUGGCUACUAAGCUUGAUAACUUAACUGUUGAUUCCUCCUCCUCCUCCUUCUCUGCAUGUGCAACGUUGGAACAAAUUGCAACUACAACAACAACUACUACUAUCACUAACAACAAUACAACCGCUAAUAACAACUUAAUUAAACAAAUGCAACGGCUUAAUUUAACGCCAAAAACUACUAACACAACAACAACAAUAAUAACAACGCCCACUUGGGCUGCCACCGCUCAAUCAUGCUCAUUAUUAUCUGCACCAACAUCAUUAUCAUCAUCGUUGCCAUCAUCAUCAUCACAAUCACCAUCACCAUCAUUACUAAACAAUUAUAAUGCAACUAUAUGCGCCAAUUCAACGCACAUUUUCUAUCCAAAUGCUAAACAACAACACGCUACUAACACUUACGCAAAUGUCUGCACCUCACAAAAUCUCCAAACGAAUGCACUGACACAUGCAAACGCUGGUCGCAAUGCUUUGCCUCCACCAAACACAAACGAUUCACCACCGCAAACGCUUGUCGCUCACGGUCCCGUUGGAAAUAUCAACAACACCACCGUUGAAUCGUUUUUGUAUUUAAACAAUUUUACUAAUCACUUUUUGGCUAUUAAUCAAAAUCAUACAACUGCCAUGAACAACAAAAUUACGUACAACAACGACAACAACAAUAAACUUUCUUUAAAUGCAAAUUCAACAAUACGUUUUGCAAUGCCAAAUCCCAAAACUACUGAAUCAUCGAACGCAACGGUGAAAUGCGCCGAUUUUUGUAAUAAUUUUAUCAUCCCAAAUAAACCACUGGAAUGUGUCAACUUCCACUCGAACCCAAAUCGCUUACUGGACUGUAGUAGGGCCAAGGGCGAGACAAACGCGCGAGAGACUGAAGCGGUUCAGCCGCCGCCGCCUGUUGCACGGCUUGAUACACCCGAUGACGAGCAUCAAUCGCAUACAACCGCUACAAACGUCGGCGUUAACAUUUCAGAAACCUUAAGCAAAAACGAUAACGAACUGACGGCAACGCCAACCAGAGACGCUUGUCCGUCGCCAUUAGCACUGGACAAUGCCGCAUAUCAGUUCACAACAGCCGAAUCAGGCAUUAACAGCAUCAGUAGCAGCACGUCUGGCAGUAGUAUCAAUAACAGCAAACCCUAUGACAAUAGUAAAACUAUGACAACAUUACGUUUGGGCGCUAAUAUCGUCGUGGAUGAUGACGACGAAACGGUGGUGACGUCCACCUAUGCGGGACCCUUGAAGGAGACACACAUUUAUACGCCAUCGAAGACCGAUGUGGCUAUAACUAUGAAAGCGGGCAAAGCUGCUGUCGGCGGAAGUGAGCCGAUUGAUUUUGACUAUGAAAUUGCUGCAGCGGGUAUAAUCAUCGAUGAGAAAGUGGUGAAGAAAGAGUAUCGCGAUGUUGAAUACAAUCCCGGCUUUAGCCUGGAGAUGGUUGCUGAAUACACCGGUGAGUUGCCCAUGGGCGCACCGUCAACGUUAGUCAGUGAGCCUAGUGCCGUGAGUGUGCAAAUACCAGCACAACAACAAACAACCGAAUUCGACACCGAUGAGUUUACCGAGUUCACGGAGUUUCAGUCAGUACCACCCCCUCCAAAGGCAACUGUGCCUGCGGCAGAUACACAUUUUGGCAACAGUUUAUCUGCCAGUACAAUAACGUCCAAGUUCCCCGCGGAAAUAAAUGCUAAAACAACACUCAAUACCCUACCAGCCGUCCUGCCCGCAGCCGUUUCCAAGACAAAAGAAACUAGUAAUACACCAAGUCGUACGAGCUCGCCGUCGGUAGUUGACAAUAUGAUACUCAGUCCAGCCAUACUGUUGCCACAAGCUAUACCCAUCAGCACAAAUAAUACGGCGACAUCGAAGACCACACCAACCAUUGAAUGGGGUGACUCAACGGCCAAUAUUAAUCCCGAUGAAUUGGCGCGUAUUGAAGAGCUCUUCGCACAGCCCAAAAUACCGGCUGCGGCCAAAGAUGUGAACACUUCGCAAAAAGCAUCGCCACUACAUACCUAUGCGGAAAAGCAUACGAAAAAUAACUCGAUCUCUAUAAGCGCUUCGGUAGCGUUGAAGGAGCAGGACUCCACACUCAACGAUGACUACUGGUCGGAGUUUGUGUCGGUGCCGGUGACGCCACAAUUGCCAACUAAUGCAAGUCGCCUCAACAACAACAACAAUAAUAACAAUAAUAGCAAUAACAAAAGCAACAAUAACAAUCAAUUGGUCAUAACGCCAAAGCGCAUAACCGAUGUGCAUAUCAACAGUGCCAACAACAGCAAUAAUGCAAUGCGCUCGCCGCGUCACCAACAACCAAACAUCAACGCCCAACGCACGCUAACGCCAACACCACAACACAAGUCAACUGCGCAUGCAUCCGCAAACAGUGCGCACAUUAGCGCCCGUAGUAAUGCCUAUAACAGCAAUAGCAACACCAACAGUAACAGUAACGAUGAUGACUGGUCCGACUUCGUGUCGAGCACACCAACACCUACGUCAGCCGCCACACAACAACAGCACGUCGCAUCGUACAUGCCCGCCACACAUGCGCCCCAAUUUAACAGCGCCGCCUGGCAAAACGCAAACUUCUACAAUAAUCCGCUCGGUCUGUACCACCAGCAGGCGGCCAUACAGACGCGCACAUCACCCUUAACGCCGCAGCAGCAACAGUUGCAACUACAACAACAAAUACAUAUAAUGCAGGAUUUCUCCACGGCGCCUGUAACAAACCGUCCACAAAACGCUCUGAAUAACAGCAAUAAUGCCAAUGUGAAUCAUAUGCAACAACAUUCCAAUACAACAUACUCACCACUACAGGUGGGCAGUGCUCGUGUGGCGCCGAGCAUUUCACUAAUACCCGAUUUGGGUUUUGUGGCGCCCGCUUUGCCCGUGCAUACCGCUUUCGUCAAUGUGCUGCCGAAGACGAGUUUUAAUAGCAAGAAAUGACGUUUAUUAAAUUGCGAGCAGACGCACAAUCGCGGUCGCACAACGCUGGCACAUUCCUAUCGAACGCACUUACCAAACGCUAGUCCCGUUACAGCUGCUGCCACCACAACCAUUCACGAUAUCCUCACAUAGAGUCACCUGCAAGGCGUUAUCAUCACACAACUGCGCUACUUAUAGUUUAAAGUGAAGAAAUGUGAAAAGUGAGAUUUUAGAUGUGAAAUUGGCAAAAUAACGAAAUUAUGUCGCAAGUGCGUAAAUCCUUAGCAGCAUUGCACCAAUCGGCUGAAGCGAAAAGGAUUUUUUUCUGUUAUUACCUUUAGAUCGUUGCUUAGCUUAGUAAAAUUAGGUCACUUAGUUACAUGAAUGCUAUUACUUACAUACAUAUGUACAUAUGUGUACCAUAGUUUCCCUUUCCCCUCAACUUUUUCCAUUAACGCUUGUUAACCAAACUGAAUGUGCUGCGCUUUUUAUAUACCCAGCGGCGUAUAAACUGUUAAAUAUACAUACGUUUGAUUAAAGUUGGGGACAAAAAAUAUAUUAUUAUUUUAUUUAUUUUUUAUUUAUUUUUUAUUUUUUUAUAUUUUUUUAUGUUUUUUUUAUUUUUAUUUUUUUUAUUAUUUUUUUUUGUCCUAUUUUUUUUAUUAUUUUUAUUAUGUUUUAUUUUUUCAAGAUAUUGACGCGCGCUGUUGUGACAAGUUCGACUUCCGACAUUUUCCUCGUCGUUAGCAUCCAAAAUUCUCUACUGCAGAGGCAUUUUUUUGCUUUUCUGCGAUUUUAAAAAUUUUUCAAGUCAUUUGAUGUCGAUAAAAAUCACAGGUUUUACAAAGGUUGUAAUCAUUAGUAAUGUUUUCUCUGAAAAUGUUACGGGUUUAGAGCCCUGCCAACCCUCUGAGCAAGUUCUAAAAUUAUUAUCCACAAAUAUUAUAAUAAUUUUCUCUGCAAAUAUUAAGCCCUGCCAACCCUCUGAUAAUCCAAAGUUAUACUAGGUACUUUCAAAACUUCAACCGUUAUAUUGUUUGUAAGUUUUAAAAUUAUGCAAUCAAAAAAACCGUUAUCUAUAUAUUAUAAACCCUGGGCCCUGCCAACCCUCUGAUAAUCCAAAGUUAUACUACUUUCGAAAACUUCAACCGUUAUAUUGUUUGCAUUGCUGCGGCGCCACUCCCAGAUGAAGUUGAGAAGUUACGAAUAAAGUGAUAUUUUAAACAAUUAUUGGCCUGAAAAAUUCUCUUGACAGUAUUCAAAUGAUAUAAACUCAUAUAAUAUAUGUCACAAAAGAGAUUGCGCUAUAUUUAUGUAGUUAAUUGCAGCGAUUACCAAGUCUAAACGACCAUUAACACGAACCAGUGUUUAUUUUACGAUAUUGAUUUUAUAAGCGCAGCGCGUGGCGUAGUCGAUGAAAAUGCACUAAUAUUAUAUAACGGUACAGUAUAAUAUAAACAUACGACUGUUAUGUAUGGCAACCUCUACAAGCAUAAAACUACUUGGCUCAGUUCCAUAAAUUUUACAAAAACAAAAGUCAGCAUUAACAGUGGUUGAUUAGGCAACAUUAAGAUAAUAAUAGAAAUGGCAUGAUCAAUGCUUCACAACACUACAAAUAUAUUUAUAGAUUUUUGUUAGCGAACUGUCUACUUAUUUAGCGUGUAUUAUGUCUGUUUUGCAAAUGGAGACAACUGCUCUUUGUAUGGUUAAUAAGUUAGGGUGAUUAAAUAAUUGUUUGCAUUGUCGUAGUCGUGUAAAUUUUUACUAUGUAGUAUGUGUAAAAACAACAACAAUAAUAAAUUGAAUGAAACUAUUGGAAAUUAUGUAUGUAUAAAACACAGUUAAUAUAGACACAUUUGUUGCGGGGCGAUUCAGAGAGCUCUACUUAAAUAUAGUACCUAAAUAUUGUAGCCUAUGCAAAACAAAAGACCAGUAUUCCAUAACAAACAGAAAAAAAGAAAAUAAAUAAAAUAAAAAUAGCAAAAUGACAUUAAAAAUGUUAAGCAUCUAAUACACAGGUGUGUCAACUUUCUGCAUCGGUUAUCAAGAAGCAGAAGCAGUAACUAUGUAUGUGUAUGGAAUAUAUCCGCAUGGAUUUGGAUAUAAAUACAAACUAUAUACCCAAAAAAAAAUAACUACACACAGCAAUAUUAUGUGUGUGUGUAUGUAAUUGUACUUAAACUCCAAUGGGAGCAUUAAGCAUUCAUUAUUGAUAAUUAAUAAAAUAUAUACAUAUUUAUUUUCGGUUGAUUUUAUUAUAUGGCAAAAAGCUUUUGAUUUUAAUACAUAAACAAUAAUUGAGUAAAUAAAUAAGCUUAAACGUUUUGGAAAAAUAUAUUAUUCGA